CUGAGGAAGCCGGAAAGUGAAACAGCUGUCUGAGGCUCAGUGCAGUGCAGCCGGAGCCGUACACCCUGACAUCCACGCGUACACUCAGGAGGACAUCGCUGCUCGGGGGGUGUUUGUGAAGCGUGUUGCCCAUGAUGACAGCAGAGGGCGUUCUAUGUACAGACACGACAGCUACAUGGUGCUGCUGCAGCUACAUCAGCUAGCUCUCACUUACAUGGCAAUGUAACAUGGCCUCGGAGUCAGACAGACUAGCGACGGCAGCAGCCAGGGGAGAUGUACAGCUGGUGAGAGAAAUGCUGGAGAGUGGGGUAAAUCCCAACGCCACCAACUCCCACGGCAGAACCCCCAUACAGGUGAUGAUGAUGGGCUGCCCACAAAUAGCCCAGCUGCUCAUUGAACAUGGUGCUGACCCUACAGUCCCUGACCCUACAACAGGCACAUGCCCUGCACACGAUGCCAUCCGUGAAGGCUUUCUGGACACACUUCUUGUGCUCAUUAAAGGAGGAGCCAGUCUGAAAUACCCAAAGGACAACUUUGGUCGACGCCCCAUAGAUUUGGCUUCACCAUCUGUUCUACAAGAUCUUCCGUGCGAGAAGGAGUGUUAACAUCUAGUGACCUGAGAGAGACUAUGCACAUGAAUAGGAUCAGUUUCAGUUAUACAUAUACAUGCGAUGAGUCAUUUUUAUAGUUCAUAUAUAAGAAGGCGGCAUUCUUGUUCUCAUGUGUGUACGAAUAAACCUGGAUCACAAAGCUCAAUUCUAUAAGAAUAUAAUGAGGCUGUAAUAUAAUGUAUUUAUUUUACUAAAGGAAAUAAAAAGGAAAUGUUCCCAUUGAAA